GGUUGAUGACCGGGCACAAGUAGAACCACAUCGUCCAUUCCAGAAUAUGGAGAUCCCAAAGUCUUCGUCCCCAUAAAUACCCGCGCAUUCAAAUCGAAAACCCUAGAAAUCGAAUUCGAUUUUUGUUCUGCAAAUUCAGAUGGGGAUAAUCAAGAGCAGCUUCUCUUUCCUUAUGGGCACGGUCGCCGGGAUCUACAUAGCCCAAAACUACGACGUUCCGAACAUCAAGAAGCUCGGCGACACUGCCGUCUUCAUCGCCAAGCAAUACGAGGAGAAGUACCGGAAGCCCAAAAAGCGAGACGACGACUAGGGGGUUGUCUCUUCCUCAACGACGCCGUUUUGGACCCAGGUCUCGUUUCGGGAAAUUCUUCUGCUUUAAUUUUCAUCUUAACGUGAUCACUACUCGCUUAAGAAAUUUUUACUGGAAAUUAUGUUAUAGGUAUUUUGUGAUGAGCUCGUUGCUUUCGGGCUUCGGAUUUCGAUUCAAAUGCAAAUUGUAUACUCUUUUUGUUAUAGUGAAUGAAAAGCCUUGAGAAAAUUUUAUAA